AUGUUGUUGGGGAAGAGACAGAGACCACCGAUAAAGAGAACGACGAGUCUGUCGGAGAUGAACUUCGAUUUGAACUUACCUAGCGAACAAGAGCCGUCCGAUGAUCAGAUUCAGAUGAUCCCUUCGUCCCGGAAACAGUUGAUGACCGUUGAUGAACACCGUCAGGUUCAUCAAGAACGUCUCUUAGCGAUGGUCUCACCGAGAGGUGCACUGAAGAGAUACUCAGCAGAUUACUCCACUCACGCCGGAGAUUUUCUACGAUCUUGCUCGCUCUGUAAACGCCAUCUUGUUCCCGGCCGCGACAUCUACAUGUAUAGGUAA